AUGCGAAACACAUACUCAAGACGUAGAACGGGUCCGAGCAGCCGGACCCAUGACCGUUCCGACAGAGUACACAUGACAGAUAGAAUGGAGCAGCUAAGCGUAAAAGGGGGCAAAUCGAUGCAACCGGGUGUGGAUGAUAAGGUGAUAGGAUGGUUGGUGGCCGACAAGAGGAACCCGCCUGACGGUUUCCAAAACAAUGACAUAAACAAUAAUUAUCAGAGGCAGAGGAUUGUCAUAACCGGGACAAAGAACCAACGGAGCACUGGGCCCCAGACAUGCGGCAAAGGUGUCUGUGAGAAAAGAGACCCACCGCCUAUCAAGCAAGAUAGCUUGUCACAGUCAUCACAGUCAGGCUUCAAGAAUCUGAUGCCUCCUGACUGGUUGAGAUAA